AUGAAUGCAAUAUUUGGUGUAGGUUUACUGCACUUUUUAGCUGAAGUCAUUUCAGCUGAAUUAUACUGCUAUUCAUGUACAAGUGCCCAAUCAGGCUGUGGUGAUCCAAUAGAUGUUCGAUUAAUGCAUUGGAAAAAAUGUACUGGUCGAAGAUUGAUUGAGAAUUACUGUGUUAAAUUAGUUCAGAAGGUUGAAGAUCAAAUCACUGUAACACGUGGUUGUUUAAGUGAUCUACUAUUGAAUACACAAUAUCGUUUAGAUAUGCCACAACUUCGUCGUCAUGGUUACUGUGUAAAUUCACGGGAUUAUCAACAAUAUUUACUUGGAAAAUUAAAAGGUGAUGUAUUAGCUGAAACAGCUAUGGGAUUAUUUAAAGAUAAAAAUAUGAAUUUUAAACGAUUUUGUUAUUGUAAUGAUUGGAAUGGAUGUAAUCAUGUAAAUAAAUUGAAAGUUUCAUUGGUUUUUGUCCUAUUCAUUACAUUAAUGACUAUGAUGUUGAAUUUGUAA